UGCAGACUGAGAAAAAGGCUCGGCCCUGAGGAGGAACGUGAUUCACUUCAAUGUCACAGCGCGGAGGCACAACCUGUGCAAACUCAUUGAAACUGGAGAUGAAUAAAUUCAAGGCAUUCGUUGUGAAGAAAAAACAGAGAGAAAGCACGCAGCCUUUAAUAGAGGAUAACAACGACAUACAAGAUGGAUUUAAACAGGCACCAUGUACCAGGUAUGAAAACCCUUUGGUUCAGAAUACCUUGAACAUCCACAAAGAACAACGCCUGCAGAGUGAGGAACAGAUCACACUUGAGAAAUUCGCUGAACUUCUUCAUGUGCCACUUGAGGAUGGAUCUUGUUGCUCAACACACCGUCAGCUCAAUGCAGAGCAGCAGCAUCUCUGCCUCGUACAAAGAUCUGUGGACCAACACUUCCAAGAGCUAUCUCCAGAUGUGGACCAGAACCUCCAUCAGUACCUGGAGAACGUGCGGAAGAUGGUUAUUACCGAGUUUGUGAGGCUCGGCCCCCCUUUGACACGUAUGGGGCUGAUGGGAAGUCUGAUUGAUUGCUACCAUCGUGAGACGUUUACUCGCCUCGAUGAUCUGCUGCAGAUCGUCCGACCCUCCAAGAACUCCUUUGAGUUGAUGAAAUGGGUCCUACAUACGUAUCUGAGCCCGGAGAUGCUCUGUCAUCCUGAACUUCAAGAAGUGGAUCCCAUUAAAAAGGUAGACCUCCUGCUGUUCACCGAGUGGGUGGGAAAAGCCAAGGACAAACUGCUUGAAAAUGUGGAGAACGAGGUCAAAGUGUUCCUGGAGAAAAUCCUGCAGAAUGAGAGAGACAAAGAAACUGUCAAAGAUGACCUGUAUGUGGACACUAUCCAGUGCAUUGAUGCCAUGAUCGAGGCGGGGCGACAAAUCAGCCAAAAACUGUCUGGCCGCGUGCAGGAUGUCUGUUUCCAAGAGCUGCUGAAUUUUCUGACACAGUACACCAAUGAGCAGACUGAGAUUCUUGAAAAAAAAGCAAAAGUGGACCAACCAGAAAUCAAAGAUUUCUUCAAGACUUUGAAGAACUGCAAAGAAAUCAAGCAGUACAUCCAGACAAAGGAGAUCAAAACAUCCCUUCUCAAAGAAACCCUGGCUGUACUUGACAACAUGGAGACUUUUACUUUGAAAGUCCUGAAGGAAAUCACAGCUGACAUGACAGAGAGGUACCUUAAGAAAUACUUCAAAUCGGAGAACAAGGACUUUCUCCCCUUGAUCCAGGACUUGAAGCAUCUUUUCUCAGAGCUGCAGGGCUUCCAGGGCGUCCAAAUGAGAGUGGUGCACGAGGCCUACAAGCUCGUCACCUACCUUUACCUCAAGCAUUUUAUCCAGAGAAGUAAGAAAAAACUGUUGAGGUGCUGGGGUCCUGAUGUUGGCCGAACAGUCUAUCAAGAUGCUGAAAUGCUCCAGGAAACCUUUUCAAUGAUGGCUCCUGGUGUGGAACAGUGGCACCUCAUGCUGCUCAGUGUCAGAGAACUGGACGAGUGUGAAAGCUUCGAUGCUGUGAAGCUCACAGUGGCUAGAAUGCAUGACGAAUAUCACACGUGGAGCGAGUUCAUGGAGAUCCUGCCCGCCCUGCUGCGAUGGAAAGGCCUUUCUAAACGGAAGAUUAUGGAGCUGGAGGACAUCCUGAAGGACCUCCCCAACUAUCAACCCAGAGCAGGAUCUGUUUCCUGGUUCUUGUGUUUUAUCUACAAGAGGAUCGACCGAAACAAGCAAAGAUGACAGAGCUGAGUGUUCAGAAACCUUCCUGGACACCCUUCUUGAAACAUGUCACCUUUGGCAGUGAGUUGUAAGAAAGUUAGGUGAGAGUUUUAGUGAUUUUGUGAUGCAAUUAUGGCUGAUGAUGAGGCCGAAUGAGGAAGGACAAGAAGGGAAGAAUUGACCAACGAUCCAUAAAAUAAAUAUAGGGACAGUUGUAGAGCGCAAGCACGAUUCAAAUGUUUGUUUGUUCACGAAAUACAUUGCAAGACGUUAUUUGACAUCAUUAUAAAAAAGAAAAUGCAUCGGCUUGCCAGAAUAAAAAUCACGCGAGGGAGGUGCUCAUGGGUGAAAACACUACCGCUUCUGUCCACAGGGGGCACCUAAAUCACUACAAAAUGAACCUUCUUAUAGCUGCUUUAAAACUGAAGGGUUUAUAGAUUGUUAUUAUUGUUUACGAUUUAAGAUAUUUCGAAUAUUUAUGUGGAACAGUUAAAUUGUGUUUCAUACUUUAUAUGCUGCCUCUCCGUUAUCAUGUUCAUAUUUUAUUAUUAUUUAUUAAAUAUUAAAUUAUGUAUUUAUAUGAACAUAUUUAUAUUUAACAGAAACUAGAAUCAACCAUACAGUAUAAAACGUUAUUGUUAAA